AUGGGACUCCAUCAGAAUGUGCAAGCGAUGGGAGUGAAAAAUCUAUCCAAUUUUCUACAGUCAUCAUUGUCAACAUGCCUAUCAAACAACCUUUUUAUUCGUAAUGCUAAUGCGACUAUUUUGAAAUACAGAUUCCAGUCACGUACGCUUUCAAGUUAUACCCUAUCGAAAGAUAUCACCGCCAUCGAUGAAUUGAGUAACAUUAAAAGGAGUGGUACUGGGACGACAACUUUAGGAAUGACCCCAGUGCAGAUACACUGGGGUGACUUAUUCCAGAAAAGUAAUUUAAAAACCAUCCUAGAACAGUUGUUACAACAUAACGAUAAUUCAUAUAUGUUUCUGAGAGAAUUGCUUGAAUCUAAACAGUUGACGUUCAAUGAGUUUUCGAUUUUCUUAAACAGACUAAUUGAUCGUAAAGGUUUCAUUUAUGAUUCAAUCGUUUUAAAAGAAUUUCCAAAUGGAAAACAUUCAGAAAUGGUCUUUAAACUAUUCCAAUUAUAUGGGAAUGCAAUUGGAUCUGAUAAGUUAAGUCUUCUUUCUUUAAGAGAUAUGAAUUUAUUUAUUGAAUUUUUUAUUAAUGAAGGUCAUCUCGGAAGAGCAGAGAUCGUGUUGACAUUUGUUUUGAAUAAAACGAGAUCGAUAUUAGAUUUAUAUGAUGUAGAUACAGUUACACACUAUCUACAAUUAAGGUGUGGCGCUUUGCCAAGAUAUUGGAUGUUUCAAAAUAAAUCAGCCGAAUUAGCAUAUAAAGAUAAAUUUGGAAAUCGCUUAUCGAAAUAUAAAACCAGACUAGGUCGCAAAAACUUUGCAGUUAAACUAACAAAUAGAUACAAAAUACUGGAUCCACUGGGUGUAUUGAAAAUCGCAAACAAAAUCAUUACAGAUGACAAAUGGAAAAGUAAUCAUUCGGCAAAGCUAGAUGCAACUGUCGUUUAUUCCUUGUGCUAUUCUGGUCAAUUAUCAAAUAUCCCAUCUUAUAUAAAUUCAAGGUGGAACGUAGAUAUAUCUAUGUCAGAUGGAAAUUCAGAUGUAGGUACUCAAAUAAGUAAUGAAGCAAGUAAACCAUUACCCUCUGAGGUUAUGGAAGCUAUUUUGUCAUCGUAUUCAUACGAUGAUAAGUCAAUUGAAAGGGCAAUCAAUAUCAUAGACAAAAUAAUGAACUCCUACCCUAAUCUAGAACUGAAUCAACAAUUUUGGAGGCGAUUAAUGCAGUGGUCAGUAUUGUGUUGGGAUCACAAGUUAGACAGAAAGGGUUCAUUGGUAUAUGGUUGCUUUAAAACACUAAAAAAAUACCAUGAAAUGAGAAGCAUCAGAAUUAAUUUUGAUGAAGGGCUUCUUCAAGAACUUUAUACGCUUGUCUAUUACACAAAGAAUAGUCGUAUUGCUGCUGAAGUCGUAUCUGAAUUUAUGCCUCAAUUUUUUUAUAAGAGAUCAGAUGAGAUAACAUUUGGAGAAAGGAAGUUAUUAUUUUAUUUUCAAAAGAGAUCAAUUGAUGGAAUGUUAGGAAAAAAAGAUUAUUUUACAGCAAGUAAUUUCAUUGAAAAAUGGUCUAUGGAUAACCAAAACAAAGAAGAAUUAUUUAAAUAUUAUAAAGAUAGCAUUGCUAAAAAAUUACAGAAGGUAAGAAGAAAUUCCUUGCAACAAAAAAUCAAAGAAAAAUUAGAGGACCACUCGGAUGAAGAUGAUACACUUCUUGGCCGACUUUGGUAA